AUGAGCUCAACUGCUCCCUUGGAGGUGUACAUCAAGCGAGCCUUAGGAGAUCCCACUGCCACUAUAUUCAGGCCCAGCAUUCACAUGCCACCGCCAUAUUUGAUCAAGGGGAGGUUCAACUACAUCUUGACCUUCCGGGGCUGCUUCAAUCCGCCUCAUCAAGGACACAAGGAAACAUUAUGCCACGCCUUCUUUCGAGGUGGGGAGGGUAUACACCUGAUAGCCGCCAUCAUCUUCCCUUUGGACGACUAUUCCGUAGCCUCGAAGUACAGCCGCGGAAAAUCGGGUUCAAAGGACCUAGUUCUUACCCUCCAAGAGCGUCUUAACCUCAUCGACAAUAGUGGUAUCCAUGGUGGCUGGCACUGGUGUCACCCACGUGGUGAGCCAGGCUCCGAAGCAUUCAAGGACCGACUCAUAUCAGAGGCCGCAACAGAUGGCUUCAACGUACGGUUCAUCACUUUAAUUGGACCUGAUCACGUUGAUCAAGAAUAUGGGUCCCCCGGAUACUGGGGGCCUACUAUAGUCGUUGGUACUGGGGAUCCAGAACGCACCAGUCUACGCACGGAGACGGAAACGGGACUACGAAAAUUGACAGCUUACAACGACUGGCGCACCGAAACACUCGAAGAACUUUUUAUCCAGCAGUUGGGAGCUGGCGGUAACUUGACGUGGCUGGAGCAGAAGUUAUCAAUGCUUUUUCCGCGCGCAAUGACGAAUCUUCCGGGCGACCGCGACGAGCGGCUCCAGACGAUCAAGGAUCGACUACGUACAGGACCACCUACAGAAUGGCUGCGUUAUGUGCCCACACGCUUCUUCGGUAUGACAGGCGGUGUCUGGUUUCUCGGCUACAAAGAGGAACCACUAUCAUCAACACGACUUCGCCGCGCGCUUGCAGCCUCCAAUGAUGGAGAACAGCUCAGCAAGUCCAUCACGGACGUUGCACUCAGCCCAUGGCUGCUAGACCGAUAUGUAAAGUCGCAUGCCGCUUGUGCGCCCCCUCAACGCAAACGUCCCGCGGAACAGGACAAAGGAGCUGAGGCGAAACGCGUGGAGCGAGAAGGACAGCAACGACAGUUCAAGAGGCUAAAGCAAGACUUUGCGCGAAACGAGAACGCGUUCAAAGCCAACCAAAGGAUUGCCUGGCGGGGUCGAGAGAAGAGCGAUUUCGGUGAUUGGAACCGAUUGGAAUGGCAGGAUCGUAGAGAUGUUUAUAAAGCAGAGCGCGCCAUGACUCAGGACUGGAAGAAGCUCAAAGACCCAAUCAGGAAGGAGAAUAUCUUGUUCCAGUAUUUGGAGAAGAUGCUUAGAGAAAGGGAAAAGAGUGCGGAUGCGCGUGCCAAGGUAGCAGCGCAAAAGCCAGGUCAUGCAUAG